UUCCGCAUAAAACAGUCGCGGGAUUAUUGAUGUUCUUUGAAGCAAAUUGUAGGAUAUUAACGUUUUAUCUGCAAUGAACAGACUUGAGUGCCGUAAUUGUAUGCAUUCAGUAGUGAAAUGUGAUAUACAAAAAGCCACCAAUAUCGACGUUACAAGAAACUGGUGAAAUAGAGCCUCAAGACGGAUUCACAAUAAACUUUUUAACUGAAUUAUCGCGUAACUAAUGCUGGCGAAAAGAGGCGCCAACCGCUCAAACACUCCUUUCCCCAGAACAAAUCAUGGAAACCGAAACACCCGGCGGGAGCAUUGAAAAACGCUUUCAGUGCGACAUCUGCAACCGGUUCUACGCAACACCGAUCACAUUGAAAGUGCACCGAUCGCAACAUACGGCCGACAAGAAGGAGCUGUGCGAUUUCUGUGGCGCCAGCUUCAAGACCCGGGGCCAAUUGAAAAUACACAGACGCGUGCAUACCGGCGAAAAGCCGUACAAAUGUGAUAAAUGUGGCAAAACAUUCGCAUACCGGGAGAGCCUGAUCACGCAUUCGACGACCCACACGAACGACAAACCGUUUGUGUGCGUGGUCUGUAAUGCAAAGUUUUCCUGCAUCGGCAAUCUGCUGAAGCAUCGGAAGGUGCGGCCGGAUAAGUGUGGCGCCGAGAGUGUACCGAUUAAGCGGAUUGGACCACGGUUGACUAAAAAAACCCUUCCGAAUCUAACUGAUAGGGAUGCUAAACAAAGUAGGAGUAAAAAAGGAUCAGCUCUACCUGAAACAACAGACCAAGAAGGGACAGAGAGAUUGGAAAACUCCAAAUUGGAUGAAGAGCAGACGGAAGAAGCAAAAUCACCUCCGGAAAGUAUCGUCAAUACAGUUCAGCAAUGCAUUCGAUUGAGCGUUGAAGCACUGGAACCAUCAUUUAUGGUUCAGGAGACUUUUCACACACCCGAGUUGUCUGUGGAAAGUGAUGAGGAUGCAUUUUCCUAUGAGGAAACUGACAUAAAUGAAGCAGAUGAACCGACUGAGCCAAUGGCUGUGAAUGGCUCCAAAGAGGAUGGAAACAUCGAAGAAAGCGAACAGCUGAUGGAAGUAGUUACAACUGGUGAGGGAGAUCGCACAUCGGUUUACCUCAUUUGCUAUCAAGAUGAGUCGGAUGAACUUGAUUCUCUAGCUAAUGCUGUCGAAUUUGAUGAUUAUGAAAGCGAUAAACUAGAAAAUUCUAUUGAGAUGAUAUCCGCUAAAGAAGAGGAUGAUGCAAAUUGGCAAGUAGAAUCUUAUCAGUCGUCCUAUGAAGCUUCUGAAUCACCAAAAACAAGCACCAAACGCCACACACGCCAAUCUUCCGCUAAAAAAGUCAAUGUAAAGCUGGAACCACCUGACGAAGAGACGAUAAAGCGGAAUAAGGAGUUGUUAGAUAAACAAAUGAGACAAUUGCAUGAGUUAUCGAACUCGUUUGAUGGACGCUACCGGUGCAAACUGUGUCCCCAGCAGUACAACACGCUCUACACGAUGGCACGUCACUUGGAGCGUGCUCACGAGGUGCAGCAACAUCUUGCCCGAGAAAAGCUACAGUACGCGCGAAAUACCACACUAAAAGAGUGCAAAUAUCGCUGCAAGUACUGCGACCAGCAGUACGUACAUGCAGCCUGCCUGGCCAAACACCUGCCAAAGCACGGUCAGGAUGGACGGUUAAUACACAAAUGCCCCUGCUGUGAUCGGUACUUUGCAACGGAGACGGAGCAAACGAAACACACCGUCGAGCAGCAUCGUGAGCGGGUGGAGUGCACCCUUUGCCAGAAGCUGUUCACAAAGCCGGACUGUCUGCAACGGCACGCCCGUUAUGCGCACAAGCCGAAACGCCGCUCGAAGUACAUCUGCUCGAAGUGUGGCAAAAGCUUCCCCUCGGUCACCAGUCUGUCCGAUCACGAGCGUGCCAACUGUGGCACGGAACCGAUCUAUCAGUGUGCCCGGUGCGAGAAGCAUUACGCUAGCUAUAGCUCGCUCAAGAUGCACCAAACCGUGCACGACAAUGUGCUACCGUACGUGUGUGGCUGCUGUGGGAAAGCGUUCCGCACGAAGGGACAGCUGAAGGUGCACGAACGUGCGCAUACGGGUGAGCGACCGUUUGAGUGCGAGAUUUGCUCGCGAUCGUUUCCGUACCGAGAGUCGCUGAUGACGCACCGGACGAUACAUACGGGCGUGACGCGGCACGAGUGUACGGAGUGUUUGAGGAAGUUUUCGUGCUACGGGAAUUUGAAGAAGCAUCGACAGAUACACCAUGGUGUGGGGGAUAAGGUGCAGAAGCGGCAAGAGGAGGGCAAAAGUUGUGAUGAACAAGAUGGUAUGGCGUAGGUUAUAUAGAAUAAUUAUUUGAAGGCACGAAACAGUUUGAUUUACCUUAAUUUAUUUUAUGUUUAGUACUAAACUGGCCUAGAUUAGCUUGAUAAGGUCCAUUUCUGGCAAAUGAAUUACCAACAAUAGCACUGACUAUGGAGAAAAAACGAAUUUAAACGACUUAGAAGAACUAUCCCAAUAAAGAUUAGAAGAGCAGUUUCAAUAUUUACCCUUCAAU